GAGAUCUCAAUAUAUAUAACAGAGCGGUGGCAUCACACUUCACACCCAACUCUCAGUCUCAGUAACCCAAAACCAUCAGCCUCCUGGAAAUGAUGGAGCUCUGUACCACCACGUUUCAACCUCUCCCCAAUCUCCUCAUCCCAAACCCUAAAACCCACCUCCGCUCAAAACCAUCCCUCCUAUUCGCCCACUCUCUCAGGCUUCGCUCUCGAUUGCUUUCGAUUCGAGCUACAUCUUCCGAAGAAAGUGGGGCAAAAGCUUAUUCUGGUGAAGAGCCAGAUGGGGUGGUAUCUACUUAUGAUGUUCCGCAGCCGGAAAAGAAGCCUUACGGUCAAGCUGUGGUAGAGGAAGCACCACCAGAGGACCUGAUUGUGAAUGGCAGUGAAGGUCAGUCACAGAUAUCUGAGUUGUUGGAGAACUUUAACUUAAAGUUGGACAAUGAUGAUUCAUAUGUCUUUCUACUAUACGGUGGUGGUGCCUUGGUUACCCUGUGGUUAGCAUCAGCAAUCAUAGGUGCUAUUGAUUCUAUUCCAUUGUUCCCCAAGUUGCUGGAAGUUGUGGGUCUUGGAUACACAAUAUGGUUUAGCAGUCGGUAUCUGAUAUUCAAGAAAAACAGAGAGGAGUUGGUUGCUAAAGUCCAAGUUCUAAAGCAGCAGGUUCUUGGUUCAAAUGAUGACUGAUAAUUAGGUCCUUUUUGCUGUUGUGCAAAGUGAUCAAUGUAGAGCUUUCGUUUGGUCUCAACUAUAGGUGAUAUAUGUGUUGCUCUUUCGUUAUAGAAAGCUUAGAUAUUGACCUUGAAUAUCCUUGUUUCUUCAGGCCAGAAAAAAGUAAAAUAAAGUAAAUAUUCCUUUGUUGUUCUGCCCUCUGAGACUUCCCUUUUACCAGAAUUUAGCCCUACCCUGUUAACCUAGAUAUGGAUCCAACAGUUGUGUUAGUUUCCAUUUCGGCUACCAGGGAGCAUCAAUUUUGAGACGCAGCAUGCAGUUUGCUUUCCGGAUCCUGAAGUUAUCAAUAAUCUGAGAAACGUGGGCAUCAUUUGGAUAGAGUGAUAUCAUACUAGGAUAUGCAAAAUUUGUUCUCCAGUACGUUAAAGCAUAAGGCUAUGGAUUGGCUACUUGCCUAGUAUAUUAAAAUC